CGUGUCCAAUAUCUAAAUAGAAUAAAGUCAACAUUUUUAUGUAUUUUUAGGUGAUUAUACAUGGCAUGCUCUAAAGAUAGCAUUUUGAAAGCCAGUUUUAGUUUUAGAGCCAGUUGUCAAUGAGAGUCAAGCCGUUUGCACUUCGUAGUUUAUCCAUUUGUUUGACUAUUUUAAGCAUCGAUCUCAUCAUUAAGCUCCAUGAUCAAGAUCUUAUAUAUAACCUUUUGGUUCUCAAUCUUUCUAGGGAAAUGACGAUGUUCCAUAAAUGGGGUGGCUCUGGAAGAGAAACUGUCUGUUCAGGUAGGACUCGAAGCGUCAAGGAAGGUCCAAAACCCAGAUGGCAAGUGUUCUGGAGAAAAAUAAGCGGAGGCAGGAAGAGAAUACUCAAUGCGGCUCUUGUUACAUCAGUACAGGCUUCUUAUGAUCCGGAUGAGUACUCUCAGAAUUUUGAUCAAGGCACAGAUUGGACUAAGCCAGAAGACCUUUCAAGAUCCUUUUCUGCUAGAUAUGCUGAUCCUUCAAGAGCCUUGCAGAAGAGUAAUACUAUCGAAACCCUAGUUUAACAGUGGGAUGAUUGAUGGGAGAGGCAAACUGAUAGCAAAUGGGAUGAUGAAAUAAGGCAGAUACUUCUCCAUGUAAGCAUUUGGGAUUGUUGUGUAGAAAUAGGCAGAUCCCUUCUGUCCUACUCCAUUAUCUUGCUUUUGGUCGAGCUCGAGCUCGAUCCAAGGCAAUAAGACAAAAGGAAAGGAUAGAUUGCUUCACCUUUUCCUAAAUCCUACUUACUUUACUCACGAAUUGGUCACGAUGCCUUUCUAGUGGCAGCCCUUGUUUUUUCAA